CAGUCCUCAAUUCCAACCUCUCCUUGGCAACAUCUGGUUGUUUUCGCUCAAUGUUCGCGAAGUUGGGCUUCUAGGUGAAGUAGUUGGUGCAGUGAACAGAGCAACAAUGUCUUCGCCGGAAAAGACUGCCGAAGCGACGGCGGCAAGUGAGCCACAGACCGCCACCACAAAUACGCCCUCUGCGUUGGACGACGAAUCAGCGGUUGUAGACAUUGAGACAACUUUCGCAGCCUGGGUGUGUGUCUUUGGCAGCUUUUUGUUCCUGAUGCCUACAUACGGCAUGAUGCAGUCUGUCGGAACAUUCCAAUCUUACCUCGAGCUGAAUCAGCUUUCCGAUUAUUCAGCUGGUGAUAUUGGCUGGAUCCCUGGCAUGUACAUGUUUGUAUCAAUGCUGGUCGCGAUUCAAGUCGGCUCUUUUCUUGACCAGCGUGGUCCUUUCGCUAUGAGUAUUGUUGGAGGAGGCGGGAUUGUCAUUAUGUUUGUUCUGCUAGCUGAGUGUAAGCAUUACUGGCACUUCAUGCUGUGUUUCGGAAUCUUUGGUGGGUUGUCGACCGCUAUCGCUGGCACAAUCCCUGUAGCAGUGGUUGCGAAGCUCUUUUCUCGGAAGCGCGGCUUUGCUAUCGGGAUAGCUCUCACCGGCUCAUCGACAGGAACAGUGAUCUUCCCCAUCAUGCUCCGAUCAUUGCUCCCUAAGCUUGGUUGGAGUUGGUCGAUGAGAAUACUGGCCUUCGUCAUCCUCGGUAUUUUCACCCUCGGAACAAUCUGCUUCAUUCCUUACCGUCGACUUGUCAAGCUCGUCAACAUGCCGAUAGCCAAGAAAGGCGGCCUAUCUCUUCUCAACUUCUCUGCCUUCCGAUCGGUGGCUUUCACGCUGGUCUGUGUUAUGUUCUUCGCUACUCAGUUCGUUCUCUACGGAAUUGGUGGCCUGUUGCCGACUUUUGCGAUUCAAGCUGGUUUGACAGCCGAGACUGGCUAUACGCUCGUCUCCAUCAUCGGUGGUGCUUCGGCUUUCGGUCGUGUUAUUCCCGGUUUGGUCGGCGAUAAGCUAGGCCAUUACAAUGUUUUGAUAUUUAUGAUGGCGUUGACGUUGGUCUUUAUGGGGACACUGUUUGUCCCCUUUGGCGACAACAGUGUCGUGUUGUACGUCUUUACAGGUCUCUGGGGCUUUUGUUCUGGGGGUUUCUUAUCUAUAACUCCAGUAUGUGUUGGCAAAACAUGCGAGCCAAAAGAUUACGGACGAUAUUAUGGAACCAUGAACUUCGUCAUCAGCUUUUCUUUACUAAUUGCCAUUCCAAGUAGCGGCACAAUGAUAGACAAGAUGGGAACUCAAGCUCUGAGCGGCUUCCUGAUGGGAGUCCUAGCUCUAGGCCUGGGCUGCUUGUUUGCAUCACGCGCUGUCCUGGCAGGGAACUGGUUUGGAAUCAAGACCAAGAUUUAAAAAGUACAUGUUUCUCUUUCGAGGCGAAAAACACGGUUUUAGAUAUCAAAAUGACGUACGCAUAGGCUAUAAAUUUGAGUUCCACCAUAGCUGCCAACUCAGGCAUCCUCCAAAGUAAACGACGGUCCAUAGGCUUGUCUCCUGUAUGGUAAAGCUGGUUCCACCGGAUUAUUUGAUGUCUGUCCGCGGUCUAAGUAUCGCCGUUCGAAGGCGACUGCAUGGUGAGCAUCAACCUCUUUCGACACAUUCCGAUCCAUGUCUCCUUAAUUCAGCCGACGAAUCGCCAGCUCAGGCCGGUAUUUCCUAACAUCAAACGUAGUGAAAUAACCUUCUGACUCUGGAGUUUUGUUCGCAUCACAGAAUGCAUCAACCGGGAAGAGCCAAAAGCCAAACGCCGGUCUUACAGCUUUGCUUAUGUCUUCAUCCUCAGAUUCCCGGGUUUCCGAAGCUGCAACUCCCUCAAUUUUUGGUUCUUGAGAAGACCACGUACUUUCAGGCUGUGUUGUCCAGCCACUAUUUUCUGAUUGUAACCAAUCCUCGGCAUCCCUAAGGUUACAAAUCGAUCGACGAGGGUUGAAGCCAAGUAAAAUUCGGUAUUGUUCUUCACAUGGUCUUACUUCUAUCUUUUCUAGGGUUUGAAGCCAUGAGUCAUAUAAACGCUUAGGAUUGCGGACGUGAAGAUGGCUCAGAUCGUCUUCGACAGUGCGAGGAUCAAGCCCAAUACGAUCGAAGCUGUGUGGCAAAGCGUGAAUGGGAAAUGACCUUUCGAAGAACGUCUUGCGGAUUGUUGACCUUUCAUUUUCACCACCAAUCAUCCCCCGAAUAGAUGCCUGGAUAUAAACCAACCAAACUUCAUCAAGCCCGCUGAUGAUUUCUCUGAACAUCCUCAUCUUUGAGGAUUCGAUUUCAGAUGGCCUGAUUGCGUCAAGGCCGUAUGCGCGCCCCCCUAACUGAUUGCGACAGAGAGCAAGGUUUCUAAUCCCGAUGUUACGUGGAUCAUGCUUCGUCUUCAAGUCGCAUACAAAGUCCACUAUGGCCAUCGUGUCUUGCUCUAUAUGAAGAAAGUCAUAUUCAGGGUUGAUAUAUAUCGCUCCAGAAGUCCAAGGGGUGAUGCGAUGUUUGGAUGCAUGGGCCGUCAACCAACAGGGCAGGCGCAUCCUAUGGAAAGAAAGCGUCACCUCUCUGGAUUCUGCAUUGACUCUAAGAAGUUUGCUAAGGAGUCGGUGGCCGGCGACAACGGGAUAGUAGGAUGGAUCAUCCUCCCCGGGUUCUAUUGGAGGAAAUCGAAUACCAUAUCUAGUACGGUUGGCACAAAAUCUGGCGUGUGAUCGGAGAAAGAUCUUGAUAAUUCUUUCAUGUCGGAGAGCCCAUUUCCAUAUUGAGACUCGUAUCUCUGCUGGAAGUGAGGGGAACUGCGUGAACGAUGAUGGCCCUGCAACAUUGGCCGCAGGAUUGAAAAUCUCUAGAUGCCUUCGAGACAUUCUUACUAUAUAUGCAAUAUAUCGCUUGUCGAAAGGAACGAGGUAUUAGAGCAUGUCGCGAGUGGAGU